CGGCCGCUGUUUAGCCGCUCCAUGCGCGUGCCUGCGCAUGGGGGCUAGGGGGGAAGGGGUGGGUGACACAAGCCCGACCCCCCCCCCCGCCCUCCGACUCUUAUUCGCAGCGUUUUGCUCCCUGCUGCCGCCCCUCACGCUCCUCCCCUCCCCUUGGCCCGGUGCCUGCCCCUCCUCCCGGCCAGUGUGUCCCGCUGGCCGCCCCGGAGCCCAGUGUAUGUGCGGCAACAACAUGUCCGCGCCGCUCCCCGCCAUCGUCCCGGCCGCCAGGAAAGCAACCGCCGCGGUCAUAUUUCUUCAUGGAUUGGGAGAUACUGGACAUGGCUGGGCAGAAGCAUUUGCAGGUAUCAGAAGUCCACAUAUAAAAUAUAUUUGUCCACAUGCGCCAGUUAUGCCAGUUUCUCUGAAUAUGAAUAUGGCCAUGCCAUCUUGGUUUGAUAUUAUUGGACUCUCUCCAGACGCACAGGAAGAUGAAGCUGGGAUCAAGCAGGCAGCAGAGCAUGUUAAAGUACUGAUAGAUCAGGAAGUGAAGAAUGGAAUUCCUUCUAACAGAAUAAUUUUGGGAGGCUUUUCUCAGGGAGGUGCCUUGUCAUUGUAUACAGCUCUUACAACACAUCAGAAAUUAGCAGGAGUCAUAGCACUCAGUAGUUGGCUUCCACUACGGACCUCUUUUCCACAGGGUGCUAUCAGUGGUGUAAACAAAGAUAUUCCUAUUCUUCAGUGCCAUGGGGACUGUGACCCUUUGGUUCCUCUGAUGUUUGGUUCCCUCACUUUUGAGAAGCUAAAGAGUCUGAUAAAUCCAGUCACUGUAACCUUCAAGACUUAUUCGGGCAUGAUGCAUAGCUCAUGUAUUGAGGAGAUGAUGGAUGUAAAGCAGUUUGUUGACAAACACCUACCACCAGUUGAUUGACAAGAUUUGAGAUGCCUUCUGUAUAAAAACACCAGCAUCAACUUUGGUAGAAUGUGUUAAUCAUUUCACAUGUCCAAUUCAAAAGCAUUAUUUCUACACCUGCUGUGUUGCAAAUGUAUACCAAGAACAAGGACUAAGUAGUAUAUUUCACAAGAAAUGGUAAUCUUUCAAGUAAAUCAUAAAUUGGUGGGAUUAUAGGGAAUGAGACAGCUAGAUAGCAUGUCAGAAUGUAACUGAGAAUACAAUUGUAAGAUGUUUCUGAUUUUUUGAUUGCACCAUUUUUAAAGCAGUCAUAUGGCUAAUUAAACUCAUUUUGGUUAAAUGAGCUGUUUAAACAUGACUAGAUUGGUAUGCUUGGGAUAUGAUGUAUUCCUAAUACUCGUUGAAAGUAUAUUAAGAUAUCCUGAUAUAUAUCUUGUAUAUAAAAUAUGCAACAUGUAAAACACAAGAGGCAUGUGAUGGUGGAAUGAAUAUUAGUGAGGAUAAAGCUUCAAAUAUUAAUGAUUUAAACAUUGCUACUGCAUGUGAAGAGAACUGUUCUCUUACCUACAAAUGAAUACAUACCAAUGAUUCUAAUUAUAGCAUUUAUUCCAGUCUACUUUUUAACCUUAAAAAUAGUGUCAGGAAAGAAAAUACUUGCUAUCUCAUACAUCCUCUCCCCCCAAAAAUGGGUUGACAUCACAGAAACUAAGGGGACUCAGCUGUUUGUCACUAGACCUGUGUUUACCACUCAUCAUAAUUUGGCGAUAGCCCAAAUUUAUUAGUGUUAAUUGAUCUCAGAUGCUGACUCAUGAAACUGAGGUUUAAAAAAUAUACAUAAAACAUUUCCAUUUUAAGAUUCUUGUUUUCAUGUUGCAUAUUUUUCCCACACUGGAACCCUCAUGGGUUUUGUCUUGUGUAGCUUACUAAAUUUUUUAGAAGUAUUGACAAUGUAUUUUACAUUUGCAAUUCAAGUGUCUUGUUUUAUUUUUUGCUUUGCUCCAGAAUAAUCAACUGGAAAAGCAAUGCAAAUGUUGCACACAAAUUAUGGGUAUUGUUGAACAGACUCAUCUACAACACUGGUAUUAACUACUUUUUAUUUCCUAAGUGCUGCAGUAUGAAUGUAAUAACUUAGUCAUUAUAGUGAGAAACUGCCAGCUGUUUUUUCUUUACUUUGAUUGCAUGUUCACCAUGGGAUGUCGUCAUAUUUUCUUUUUAGACAAAAGCUAUGUAUGACUUUCCACACGUAGGUGUGCUCCAUUUUCAUCCAAUGCCCUAGAAUAUUCUAGGAAUAUGAAAAUGGGUCCUGUCAAACCUUUGAAACAGAAGAAAUUUUAUCUCAUGGAAGUUACAAUUUUGAGAAUUCAUGGUAUAAUAGAAACUGAUGAUACAAGUUCAGCAAUAGAUUAACUGUGUUGAAAUGGUGUCCUGCUAAUAGAAAACUAGAGAUGAAAGUGAUCUGUUUAGCAGAAAGAUGAAAUGGAUUCCUUCCUAGCUUACUUUAUAGUAUUUUGUUCAAUCAAGUUUUAAGUGUCUGAUGUUGCAGGAUACCUAGUACAUCUUAUUUUGGGAAAUUAUUUCCAGAUGGGAUGAAAUUAAAAGGAAAAUUCAGGCUAUUACCCCAGUAACUACAUACAUCUCAGCAUAUCAAACUAAAUAGGAUAUUUCUCCAUUUGAUGUUUGCACACUUCAGCUAGUUGGAAACUCUCAUGCCCCCUUCUUAGCCAAUAUAUACAUAUUUUAACUUUAAUGCUUACUCAUAAGUCACUCCUCCUGCCCCUGACUAUUCUUCUCUAGACAGCCUCCAAUUCAUCUUUCUGGUAGUGUGGUGCCCAGAAGAGUACAAUAUUCCCGUUUUGAUCACCCCAAAAUUGUACUGAGAAGUAUUGUACUUCCUAGCUCAGAAACAUGAUCUCAAAACUGCAUUGGCUCCUUUUACAAUCAUUUCACAUUGCAAACUCAUAUUUAGCUUGCUUACCACGGAAAUCCCUAGUUCUUCCAUUAUUACUGCUUCUUGGCUCUUUUUCUGUCGUGUGUGUUGAAUGAUUUCUUCUCAGUAUAAACUUGUCACUUCCAAAAUGAUCUGUGCACAUUUCUAAUCUCCAAAUCCUUUCCUGUACCACUUGCAGUGCCUUCAGUUUAGUAUCCGUUAACUUCAUUAACAAAGAUAUUAAAAUUAGACUAGUUUUAGCUCUGUUCCCUGUUGUAUCCCACAGUGUUCCCCAACUUUAUACAUUACAGUCCACUGUUAACUUUUUUACAAUGUGUAGCCAGUUUGUUGUCCUCAAAUGUUCCUGUACAAGUCAGCUUGAAUUAAUUUUCCAUUAAAACACAUUGUCACUAUCAAAUGCUCUACUAAAAAUGAAUACUAAUACUGGA